UAUUGGAGCCCCAAGGGUUCAUGGGUAGCGUAUUUACAAAGGGAGCCUCUCAGCCAGCCCUGUGCCACUGCGGCUUAAUGAGCGGUCAUUAAGUAAAUGAGACAUCCCCUCUAGCUGGCUUCCGAGUCUGCACACUGAAGGGGAGAAGAUAUUUAAUUGAAACCCCGCACUCAGACUUCCCCACAUGUGACGCCGAGAGGGAGGCAGCUGCCUUCCUUCUUCUCCCCUCCUCCUCCCCCCACGCGUCCACCCUGCAGCCUCUCCCCCCCAUGUAAAUUUCAUGAUUGCUUUCCGUGAUGUCAUUUUGCAAGAGGACAGACAAUAGCUGUGGGGAAAGAAAAUGAAUUCCGGGGUGAGCUGCUGAGCCAGAGGUGGACACACGGCGAUAAGGGCAGCACCUGCCGGACUUCAAGACUCCUCCUAAGCAGACGCAGCAAGAUGAGCUUAGAGAAUGAGGACAAGCGCACUCGCACCCGCUCCAAGGCCCUCCGAGCACCCCCGGAGCCUGCAGGCGCUGACCUCAGCUGCCCCACACCAGGAUGCACGGGCUCUGGACACAUCCGGGGCAAGUACUCCAGGCACCGCAGUUUGCAGAGCUGUCCCCUGGCUAAGAAGAGGAAGCUGGAGGGUACAGAGGCCGAGCACCUGGCAUGCAAGCGGAAGUCGCACCCCUUGAAGCUGGCGCUGGACGAGGGCUAUGGUCUGGACAGUGACGGCAGUGAGGAGACUGAGGUGAAGGGCGCCUCUGUGUCGGACGAGUCGGAAGGAAGCAUGGACGAGAAUGAGGCGGACAUGCCUGGUCGGGAGGAGGCGCGGCAGCCCCCCGAGGCAGCUGAAGGAAGGAGCCCUAUCAAGUCUCACUUGGGACCCCAUCCCCUCAGUAGCCCCUCAGGCCCCUCCAAGGGUGGCUAUAGCAGCUACCAGGAGAUCAUUGCCACGUCACUCCUCAACUUGGGCCAGGUUGCUGAGGAGACCCUGGCAGCAGGGGAGGUGGGUCAGGCAUCCAAGUCAGGGCCUGGCCUGGUGCACCUGGUUCAGGAGGAGGAGGAAGAAGAGGAAGAGGAAGAGGAGGAGGAUGAGGAUGAAGAGGAGGAGGAGGAAGAGGAGGAAGAAGAGGAUGAAGAGGAGGAGGAGGAUGGGGGCAGCAGUGAUGAGGGUGACAAGGACAUAUUUAUCCAGCCAGAGGACGUAGAGGAGGUCAUUGAGGUCAGCAGUGAGCCCUCCCAGGAGCCUGGGCCCCAGUCCCCAGCUGGUGUGGUUGGUGCAGGGCCCAGCAAGCUGAGUGUGGGCCUGAGGUUGGAGGAGGAUGAGGAGGAGGAGGAAGAGGAGGAGGAGGAUGAAGAGGAGGAUGAAGAUGAUGAGGAAGAGGAGGGGGGCUCAUCUGAUGUGGUCUGCCAGGAGGACACCUCCCACGGUCCCAUACCCAAGGCCCCCACACCCCGCUGCCCACUGGCUACCAGCCCCAAACCUGAGUAUGCAGUCAUCGUGGAGGUGCGCUCGGAUGAUGGCAAGGACGAGGAUGCCCACUCUCAGAAGUCAGCUGUCACUGAUGAGUCGGAGAUGUACGACAUGAUGACUCGAGGCAACCUGGGCCUCCUGGAGCAGGCCAUCGCCCUCAAGGCUGAGCAGGUGCGCGCUGUGUGUGAAUCCGGCUGCCCGCCCACAGAGCAGGCCCCGCUGGGCCCUGGGGAGCCCAGCAAGGGGGUGCGGCCCUUGGACGCCUCUCGGAAGAGCUACUGCAGCAAAGAUCCCUCAAGAGCCGAGAAACGGGAGAUCAAGUGCCCAACGCCAGGCUGUGAUGGCACGGGCCAUGUGACGGGGCUGUACCCCCACCACCGCAGCCUGUCUGGCUGCCCCCACAAGGACAGGAUCCCCCCCGAGAUCCUGGCCAUGCACGAGAACGUGCUCAAGUGCCCCACACCCGGCUGCACGGGCCAGGGCCACGUCAACAGUAACCGCAACACGCACAGAAGCCUGUCUGGGUGCCCCAUUGCUGCUGCUGAGAAACUAGCCAAGUCGCAUGAAAAGCAACCACCACCGACAGGAGAGACUUCCAAGAACAGCUCCAAUUCGGACCGGAUCCUCAGGCCCAUGUGCUUUGUGAAGCAGCUGGAGGUGCCUCCAUAUGGAAGCUACCGGCCAAGUGGGGCUCCUGCCACGCCCAGGGCCAACCUGGCCAAGGAGCUGGAGAAGUUCUCCAAGGUCGCCUUUGAUUAUGCAAGCUUUGACGCUCAGGUGUUUGGCAAACGCAUGCUUGCCCCAAAGAUUCAAACCAGCGAAACCUCACCGAAAGCCUUUAAAUGCUUCGACUACGCGCACGACGCCGAGGCCGCCCACAUGGCCGCCACUGCCAUCCUCAACCUUUCCACCCGCUGCUGGGAGAUGCCUGAGAACCUCAGCACCAAGCCCCAGGACCUGCCUGGCAAGUCAGUGGACAUUGAGGUGGACGAGAACGGGACCCUGGACCUGAGCAUGCACAAGCACAGGCGGCGGGACGCUGCCUUCCCGGGCGGCGGCAGCAGUGGCAGCAGCCCCAGCGUGAAGUCCCCCGACGCCCCUCAGCGGCCCGGCAGCACUAGCGCCCCCAGCAGCUCCAUGACCUCGCCCCAGUCCAGCCAGGCCUCUCGCCAGGACGAGUGGGACCGGCCGCUGGACUACACCAAGUCCAGCCGCCAGCGGGAGGAGGAGCCCGAGGAGUCAGAGCCAGCAGCCCAUUCUUUUGCUUCUUCUGAAGCAGAUGACCAGGAAGUGUCGGAAGAGAAUUUUGAGGAGCGGAAGUACCCGGGGGAAGUCACCCUGACCAACUUUAAGCUGAAGUUCCUCUCCAAGGACAUAAAGAAGGAGCUGCUCACCUGCCCCACGCCCGGCUGUGACGGCAGUGGCCACAUCACUGGGAACUAUGCCUCCCACCGCAGCCUCUCUGGUUGCCCUCUUGCUGACAAGAGCCUCAGAAACCUCAUGGCUGCCCAUUCUGCUGACCUCAAGUGCCCCACACCUGGCUGUGAUGGCUCAGGUCACAUCACGGGGAACUAUGCAUCACACCGGAGCUUGUCAGGCUGCCCUCGUGCCAAGAAAAGCGGAACCAAGGUGACUCCCACGAAGGACGACAAGGAAGACCCUGAGCUCAUGAAGUGCCCAGUGCCAGGCUGCGUGGGGCUGGGCCACAUCAGCGGCAAGUACGCCUCUCACCGCAGCGCAUCAGGCUGUCCGCUGGCCGCACGCCGGCAGAAGGAGGGCUCCCUCAACGGAGCGCCUUUCUCCUGGAAGUCACUCAAGAACGAGGGGCCCACUUGCCCCACGCCAGGCUGCGAUGGCUCCGGCCAUGCCAACGGGAGCUUCCUCACACACCGAAGUUUGUCUGGCUGCCCCAGAGCCACCUUUGCUGGGAAGAAAGGGAAACUCUCAGGGGAGGAGGUUCUCAGCACCAAGUUCAAGACGAGUGAUGUGCUAGACAAUGAUGAGGACAUCAAGCAGCUGAACCAGGAGAUCCAUGACCUGAAUGAGUCCAACUCAGAGAUGGAGGCAGCCAUGGUACAGCUGCAGUCUCAGAUCUCUUCCAUGGAGAAGAGCCUGAAGAACAUUGAGGAGGAGAAUAAGAUCAUCGAGGAGCAGAAUGAAGCCCUGUUUCUGGAACUGUCAGGACUGAGCCAGGCCCUCAUCCAAAGUCUUGCCAACAUCCGCCUUCCCCACAUGGAGCCAAUAUGUGAGCAGAAUUUCGACGCCUACGUGAGCACCCUCACUGACAUGUACUCCAACCAGGAGUGCUACCAGAACCCUGAGAACAAAGACCUCCUGGAGAGCAUCAAGCAGGCUGUGAGGGGCAUCCAGGUGUAGGCUUGGCCCUGGUGGGGUUCCCAGGGCCCCUCAACUCAGCUCCACCGUUUACCUCUCUGGCUCUGCCCUUCCUGAGGAGAGACACCUCACAACAACUUCUGGUUGGCAGCCUUGGGAAGGAGGGGUGAGCGGCCCCCUCAGAAGUGCUUGCUGAGUGAGUGUGUGUAUGUGUGUAUGUGUGUGUGUGUGUUGGGUACGGGGGGGAGCACGGAGUGUUACAAAGCAAUUUAUAUUUUUGUUUUCUGAAAGAAAACUGAAGAGCAUCUCAAAGUUUCCAGCGGGAGCUCAUGGACUAGGUUCUCAGGGAAGUUUUGGAGUUUGAACCACAGUAUUCCUUUGUCUGUCAAGGCUGGAGAGCAGCUGGGUGUGGGGGUGCAGGGACAUGGCAUCCCCCGAACCUCCGUCGGGGCCAUGUGUCUGCUCUGUGAGGCCCACGUGGCAAAUGUGUCUUCUGUUUUCAUUUGAUUCAGUUUUGUGUUGAGGGUGGAAAGCAGUGCUGUUGGAGGCUGAGUGAGAGCAGGCCCAUGGUCCUGCUUCCUCCUGGGGCUGAGGUCUCCUGCUCUCAGCGUCAACCCAGGAGUGGGACAACACCCCACCCCCAACUGCCACAUACCCCAGAGUGGGGCUGAGCUGGACCCAGGUGGGGACAGCAUGGGUGAGGUCAGGAGCUGAACCCCUCACUGGAGGCCACUUCCUUUUUUGUCCAUUCCAGAUAUGGAAAAAAAAAAAAGCAAAUUUCUCUUGUCCUGUGUUCAAAACACGGUGUUCCUAAUGUGUAAAUAGAGUCCAAAUUGAUUGUAUCUGCCAUUCCAAGUUAGUAUUUAAAAGUAGAGAAAUUGCACUUCCUGGAAGAAGAAGACAAAUCCUUUUUUUAAAAAAAGUAGUUAGUUUGAUUCUCCUGUAAAGUAUUUAAUUUUUGUCCGAAGAUGUGAGUAUUUAUAUCUGCCACCCCUUAUGUUAAUGUCUGCUAUUUAUUUCACAUUUUAAUUUAUUGAUUUUAUACUAUGUCAGUGGGACGCCACUGCGAGGCAUCACGAGAAGGGGAAAGAAUGGAAUCAAAGCAAAAUUAUUUGACUACAGGCCUGGCCACAGGGGAGAAAAAAAAAAAAGAAGAACUUGCUGUAACUUCCAGUUAUAAUUUUGAUGCGACCAAGUUAUUUUUCAUAUAUUUUGUUAUUUAUUCUUUUAAGAAUAGACUUUUUUAAAGAAGUAUUUUGUAACCGAGGACUUUUGAUAAUUUGGGGAUGAGCUCACUGUUGAUGGUCUGAUGGAGAGAGAGAGAGACUUUUGCCGGUUUUCUUUCUUGCCUUUCUGUUCCCCUUGGUUGGAGGGCUGGCCUGCAGCCCAUGGAGUUGCGUCUGUGUUAUUUAUUGCCGUGAGGGGACACGUGUGUGCCCUGGUGUGUUGCUUGUGUUGCGCCUGUGUGCCGGUUCUCUGCGGCUGAGUCCUAUAGCUGUGAGGGAGAGGUGCCCCCGGCUCCCCGCUCCCCUGACAGCUUCAAUACUGUGACCCUCCUUCCUCAGGAAAUGCGUUGAGCCCACAGCACAGCACUUCACGGUGUGUCCGCAGGGUGAUUUCCUAAUAAAAGUCCACUGUGACUGUG